CGGACUGCCGCGCACGAAUGUCCAUUCUCGCGCUCCUGAGCGUGUUGCUGGCGGCUGAAGCAAUCGUGACCCCUCCCCGCCCCUGCGGCACGGCACGCUUAUCCCCCACAUUUCCUCCAAUGGGGCGUCCGAGCCAGAUCAAUCCGAUGAGUCGCGUUUUCCCGCCACUCAUGGUGAGCUCUGCUCCGAGCUCUGCCCCGCCGGCGGCUGCUCAGCUGGCGGCUCCGCUGGCGGCCCUCGGCUUCGUCGCGCGGUGGACCGCCCGCGUCGCCUUCGUGCUCUCAAUCCUCUCGACUCCGUUCCUUAACGUCCACGCGACGGCUCUCUCGAUAGCUCUGCCUCCUCCGCAGCUCCAGCCAUCGGCGCAAGUGCUUGCGGCGACGCAGACAAUGCUGGUCGCUGUCCGCGCGAAGCUGAGCGCGUACCUUGUCGCGGCCAAGCUGGUAGCCGCUGGGGCGUUCCCCUCUGGCGCACUGCCUCCGCUGCCUCCCCUCCCCUCCCUCCCUGCCUUCCAAGUGUCCGCGGCAACCACCCAAACUCUGCUGGCUCUCGGCGCACACUUCGCGGGCGGCUUCGCCAUCGCCGCAGCCGGCACCAGCCUCGUCUGCAUGGCCUUCCCAACCGCAUCGCCGCCUCUCCACGCACCUGAGCCUGCGCCGCCGCGCGAGCCAAGCACGCUGCAGACCGUGCCCAAAGCGGCCCCGCGCCGGCUCCUCAAGAUGUCGGUCCGCGGCCUGGACGCCCGCGUCUCGCCCCGCCGCCUGCUGCACGAGUUUCCGCAGGCCCUGCGCGUCGACGCGCUCUACCACAAGUCGAGCGGCUCUCGCACCAUCGUCGUCCUCACCUUCGACGCGCAGUCGCCGCCGAGCGCGCGCUCCUCGACUGCGCUCGGCACGCGGCUCAACGCCGUCGUCCGCUCCCCGGAGGCCUGCUCCGAGUACACGCUCAAGCAGUGGGCGCGCGAGGAAGACGCCUGAGCCCCACCGGCGCAACUAGAGCUGCCUCUCCCGAGCUACCCGCCUCUCCGGAGCGGGCUCGCCGCCGCCAGCUCGACCGCCCAGCGCGGUACCGUUAGAACACUCCGUCACCUCGGCGCAUGUCCUCGUCCCGCCGCGCACGCUCACAUCCUAGAUCCUUGCGCUGCUUGCACACCUCGGAUCUCGUCCAGCGUCCACGAGCACGACCCCAUGUUCGCUCGCGGUGUUUCGUCCUUUUCGCGAGCGGCUUCCUCCUUGUCCUUCCAUCUCUCCGUGUUCGUCGCGCGUCCGGUCCGGGUCCGCCCCGCACGGCCAGUGUGUGAGGCGCUGUAUAUCUGUGACAUGUGUCCUCUCUGUACUAGUGUCUACAAACGCAGAACAUUGU